ACGACGGAUAGGGAUAAGGGUGAACGUUGCGCACGGGACGGCUGGGAGCGUGCCGCGGGUACUCGAGAGUGACAGAUGAAAUCGCAGCAGCGAGCGAACGGUAACUCGUGACGGAAUAGACGCACAUCCAGAACCUAUAGGAGGAGUCACGAGACGAGAGACGAGGUGUCUCGAAACGGAGACGCACAGCGAACCGUCACCUUGCCGAUUCCACUCCAGGCUGCAUCUGCCGCACGAAAGCACAGCUUGCGCACUGUUACGCCACGUUACCGAGCCACUUGCGCGAAACGCUGAACUGAGCCGCUCGGUCAUCCCUGCCGAGUCAGUCGAGAGCUUUCGUGCCGAGUGUUUACGUCGUCGCGCGGGCCAAACACGCGCGCUCCUGCUGGCUCCCCGUUGCGAGCUGGUUCGUUUCGCGUCUAUCCCCUUCCGGUGUCUCUCUCGCCCAGCCCCCGUCGAUCGCGUCGAAUCAGCUGACGUCGAUCUCACGGCACUUAGUCGCGUGUCGCAAUCCGUUUUAUCGCCAUCGUUCGUCGCGUUCCAUCAGCGAUCGUGCGUAGAUCGCGAUCGUGCUUGCUCCUUCCGCGACGUUACGUGUCCAGGAGCCCCGAAACUCGCGGGAACCGAACCUUCGCGUGACACGCGAUCGCCUCGCGCGCGUAAAGGUCGUAAUACAGGACUCGGUGUGCUUUGCGAGGGAUCGAGGAUUUUGGGGUAGAUCCGGGCUUAGCAAAGGUACAUUGCGUGGAGAAAAAACUUGAGAAUUCCUGUUUCCCGAAAACACAGUGCGAAGAUAAAGGAUUUUGUCUGUGGAAUACCGGAAACCUAGUCCAAGGGAUCGAUGAUUCGUGUUAGCUGAACGAGGUAAAGGAUCGAGGAUUUGAUCGAGCUCUGCAUCAGUCGAUGACAUAGUGUGCAUCCGUGUUGGUUGAAGACACAGUGCGCCAAGCUGAGAGAUCGCGGAUUCGGUAAAGUGCAGUGCUCUAGAAAGAUCCACGGAAGUUGCUUCUUGACAGAUCUCGCGUCAGUGACGAAAGGGUGUGCGAUCGCCUCGUGUUCAUCGACAGAGGAAUUGCCGUCUUCUUCGUGGUCGUUCUGAACAGUUACUGUCACCCCGGGGUAGCCAGUGACAAACGCGUGGAAGUACGAGUCGUUUGAUCAAGCUUGGUGGACCGUCGCGCGGCAAAGUGACUUCCGCAAAGUGCAACGACGACAACACCAUACAACCACGCGACGUGAUCGUCAGCAUCAAUGACAAGCGGAACCAGGGCAUCGAAUUGAGAACAAUCGUCGACCUCUCCGGUGCCAAGAACAAUAGCUGUUCCGAGGCCGCGGACUCUACCAAGCAGAUUCUGACCACCAGUCUGACGCGUCACUAUGCUGCAGUGAUGGAGGGCGAGGGCACGCUGGGCCGCGGGCCCGUAAAUGGGGGCCGUGGACUGCGCCGUCAACGGUCCCUAGAAUGGCGAGAGAGGCGCGGUUACGGACCCAGUGCCCAGUCGAGCAGCGACGACGAAGAGAAUUCCCGUCACGCGGUUGGCGCUGCCUCCGUCUCGUCCGCUGGCAGAGGUGCCCGAAGUCCGGGCCAAGUUUUCGCUUCCCUCUUGGCGCAGCAGUAUGGAAGUGUGGGUGACCGAUCGUACCGCACUGGUUCAGACACAGAGGGUGCCGCGACCACCGACAAUCCGACGACGCCGUUCCCGACGCCGCCGCCAACUUUGACGCCGAAUCAUCGUCAGGCAUCGCCGUUUCCCCUCGAGAGCACCAACUCUCGUCGACAUCAUUACAACGGGAGCAUAUCAUCGGAGAGAUCCCGCAACGGUAACGGUGAAACGGUGUAUGCGGCGCCAUCGAAAAAGGCGAACACUGGCGGUGGCACCCUGGGGCGAAGAACACGUCGAGGUCAUGCGAGUGCUUUGAGCAGCAGCUCCACGGCGAGCGACCGUUCGGAAACUGUCUUCCCCGACGAGCACUCUCGCAUGCAUCUCACCAAUGACACGGGUAGAGAUUCACCACCGGAACCAGCGCCACCGGAAGUGCCGCCGCGCGGCCCGUCUCUCCACGCGACUCACACUCUGCGAUCGCAGCAAAAUCGAAAUGGUUGCCCGCCGAACGCUACGGGAAACUUCGCCGUGCCAACUGAACAGAUGCAGACGGAAAAGUAUUCGGAGUAUUUGAUGUCAGGAAGUCCACGGAAUUAUCCAGCGCGGUCUCCAGGGGUCGCUUCCACGCCAACCGUGACCAGACUUCCGCCGCCCCAGCAGCAGGUGACAGUGGGAUCUCUGGGCGGUGGUUUGGGCGCUGGAGCUGGAAAUGGUGGUACAGGCACGGUGGGUGCUCAAGGUCAAGCCAUGGUAAUGCCGGGCUUUCCGCUCCGUGCAGCGGCAGUGCCGCAUUAUUCGCCGUAUUCGCCGUCACGUUUUCACAUCGACAAACGCUGCCAGCACAGAUGCUCCUGGAAAUGUUUCUCAAUCGCCCUGAUCCUCCUGGCUGUUGCGCUGACAGCGAUGCUGGCUUACUUCGCCACAGUGAGCUCCAUGCGGCCGAUAGAUAGCACGAAGUGCGUGGUGGUCCAAGAUGUCAAGGCUGUCACUCACGAGAACGCGCACGUUCACGACCCGAUAUCAACGCAAAUACCCACCGAAGAAUCGCUGCCCACGAGUACGGCAGAGCAUUCUAGCGCAUCUGACAGCGCGGGAGACCAACAAAGCGAUCCCCAGAUCCAGCAAUCCGCUCAGCAAUGGCCGGCGGUGCUAGAGCUGCAGGCUUACAACGUCGCCCACUCGGUCGUCAUACCUCCGUACAACUUCUGGAACACGGAAUUCCGGAACAAGCAGCCGGCGUUCAUCAGGCUGAAUCUGACGCUGCCGUGGGGCACGAACUUCGCCGUUUAUGGCAGGCGAAACGUCGCACCCAGCGUCACGCAGUACGACUUCGUGGAGUUCGUCAAGGGUGGCCGUGUGGAUCACAGGCUGAAGAGAGAUGCCAGCUCGGAGGCUGUUAGCUUCAUGAAAACACCUUCUCCCCAAGAAGCUCGUGCCAACCGUCGCGACGAACGUCAAUUCGAUCGACAUGUACUGAUCAAACGGACCAUCGUCGAGCCAAUGAUGGUGAACGUCAGUCUGCUUCAGUAUCUCGACACGGGCCGUUGGUUCCUCUCCGUUUACAACGACGAGCUGCAGCCGUACAAGGUCACCCUGGUCGUCACAGAAGCCGAAGGAGUCUCGACUACUUGCCCGAACGACUGCUCCGGGAGGGGAUCGUGUUAUCUUGGAAAGUGCGACUGUAUCGACGGGUAUCAGGGAGCCGAUUGCAGUAAGAGUGUGUGUCCAGUGCUUUGCUCGUCGCAUGGGCAAUACGGCGGGGGUAUGUGCCAUUGCGAAGACGGCUGGAAAGGUGCCGAAUGCGACAUACCAUUAGGCGACUGCCAAGUUCCUGAUUGCAAUCAGCACGGACAGUGCGUCAGGGGAUCCUGUGUGUGCAAUCCUGGAUGGAAAGGCGACUUUUGCGACAAACUGGAUUGUCCCGACCCGAACUGCAGCGGCCACGGCGCCUGCGUAUCUGGCAAAUGUUACUGCAAGGCUGGCUGGCAAGGCGACAAGUGUAACCAGGUGGACCAGCAGGUGUACCAGUGUCUGCCACGUUGCUCCGAUCACGGCACGUACGACCUGGAGUCCGCUACCUGUGUCUGCGAGGGCCAUUGGACCGGCGUGGAUUGCUCCCAGCCUAGCUGUGGCCUCGACUGUGGACCUCAUGGAACCUGCGAACAGGGUCUCUGCAAGUGCAACGACGACUGGACGGGGACCAAGUGCGAUCAGAAGCCCUGCGAUCCUCGUUGCGCUGAGCAUGGCCAAUGCAAGAAUGGUACAUGCGUCUGCAGCCAAGGGUGGAACGGAAGACACUGCACCCUGCCUGGAUGCGAGAACGGUUGCAGCCGCCACGGACUGUGCACUCUGCAGGACGGCGAGUAUAGUUGCGAGUGCUCGACUGGCUGGGCUGGUAGAGAUUGUAGCAUACGUCUCGAAAUGGAGUGCGAUGAUUUCAUUGAUAACGAUCAAGAUGGCAUGAUGGACUGUUCUGACAGCGAGUGUUGCUCGCACAAAACUUGCGCAGACCAUAUCAUGUGCCUUACUAGUAAUAAUCCCGUGGACGUUCUUCUUCGCAAACAACCGCCCAGCGUCACCGCGUCCUUUUAUCAACGCGUGAAAUUCCUCGUCGAGGAGAACAGCGUACAAAGCUACGCUCAUAUGAACGAGUACACCGAAAGUACGUUCUGGAGUUCCUUUACACCGCGUCGAGUUGCGGUGAUGCGAGGCCAAGUUGUGACCGAGCAAGGGAUCGGAAUAAUAGGCAUCAGGGUGUCCGUGGACAGGGACUCACGCUUCGGAUUCACGUUGACCAGAGCGGACGGAUGGUUUGACGUGCUGGUCAACGGCGGCGGUGCAGUGACGCUUCAGUUCCAGCGUAGCCCCUUCAAACCCCUUACGAGGACCGUGUUCGUGCCAUGGAAUCAAAUAGUCGUUCUACCUCCCGUGGUGAUGACCCUUAGCAUGGAUGGCGAGUCCCAUAAAUCCAACCAACCCCCCAGUCCAGCUGUCGGCUUCCCAGGGAUAUCGAUGGGGCUCUUUAGCGAGCACGGCCCGUGCCUGGAGCACGACCACGAGCUACUGCGACCCGUCAUCGUCAGUACUUGGAUGCCAGAGAAGGUGGGCGGGCUGCCUGGGAAGAGCUUGGUGUUCGCUGAAAGUCAGAUCGUCCAAGAGAGCAUCGCUAUUCCUGGCUCGAAUCUACACUUGAUGUACCAGAGCAGUCAGGCAGCCGGGUACUUGUCGACGGUAAGGAUGCAGCUGACUGGCCCGUUCAUUCCAAAGUCGCUGACGCACGUGCACGUGCACGUGGAGAUCGAGGGUUCGCUUCACACGAAAACCUACGAGGCGGAUCCGAACCUGACGCAUACGUUCGCUUGGAAUAAACGGAACGUUUACAAGCAGAAGGUGUACGGCGUGGCUCAGGCGAGAAUCUCCAUCGGCUACCAGCACUCCACUUGCCCGUCCGUGAUCUGGGAGACGCAGACGGCCACCCUCCAAGGAUUCGACGUGGACAUAUCGGACAUCGGCGGCUGGGGACUCGAUAUCCAUCACCACUACAACUUCCACGAGGGUAUUUUGCAGAAAGGCGAUGGAACGACUCUCCACUUCAAGCAGUAUCCUCGCACCGUGAAGGUGGUGAUGGGCACUGGCUUGAAGAGGAGCUUGGUCUGCCAGGACUGCAACGGCCUCGCCAAGGACGCGAGGCUCUUGACUCCGGUAGCCCUCACCAGUGGUCCCGAUGGCAGCAUUUACGUGGGCGAUUUCAACCUCGUCCGCAGAAUCACACCUGACGGAAAUGUCUACACCGUUCUGAUCUUGAAUGCGACGCAGGUGGCUUAUCAGUACCAUCUGUGCGUCUCUCCAGCGGAUGGUCACCUUUACAUCAGCGAUCCUGAGAAACAUCAGAUCCUGAAAACGCUGACUCUGCAGGUCGUUCAAAACCCCAGCAUCAACAUCGAGCCAGUUGUAGGAAGCGGUGAAAGGUGCAUUCCUGGCGAUGAGAGCCACUGCGGGGACGAAGGGCCUGCUAUCAGGGCCAAGCUGGCUCAUCCGAAAGGAAUAGCAAUUGCCGCUGACAAGACCAUGUACAUCGCCGAUGGCAGGAACAUCCGAGCAGUAGAUCCCCAUGGUAUUAUCCACACCUUGGUAGGACAUCAUGGACACCAUAAUCAUUGGUCGCCAGCCCCCUGCGUGGGUGCCAUUCCAGCCCAUCAAGCACAGCUGCAAUGGCCCACAGGAUUGACCCUGAGCCCCCUGGACGGCUCCCUGCACUUCAUAGACGACAGGUUGGUCUUGAAGCUCACCAGCGACCUCAAGGUGCGCGUCGUGGCUGGCACACCUUUGCACUGCACCAGCAACACCAAUGGCAACGACGGGGAGCUCACCAAAGUGAAUUCGUCCACCACCACGAACACCAAAAAGUCUGAAGAGGUCCUGGGCUCUGUCCUAGCCGUUGGCUUCAGUCCAACGGGUGAGCUGUACAUCGCAGAGAGCAACUCUCACAAGGUGAACUCCAUCAGGAUCGUCGACAGCUCUGGGAAGAUAUCGCAUUUCGCUGGACAGCAACAGCAACGACUGCGCGACCAAUGCGAAUGCAAUAAUACCACACCAAGUACAAAGGAUCUGGAAAGUUGCGCGUGCACCGAUGACGCUAGCAGCACGGAGACUCUACUGUCCUCAAAUGCCAAGUUCACAGCCAUAUCCGCCCUCGCGAUUUCGCCUGAUGGCGUUCUACACGUGGCGGAUCAAGGCAGCCUGCACAUCCUCGCUCUUCAGCCUUAUCUUCCGAACCACGACGAGAGCGGAGAGUUCCAUAUACCGUUCCCACCCACCAACGAGGUCUACGUGUUCAAUCGAUACGGUCAACACAUCUCCACAAAGGAUCUGACAUCUGGCAAGACGCGAUACUCGUUCCUCUACAGCAAGAACACCAGCUUCGGUAAGCUGUCGACGGUGACAGACAGCGCUGGAAACAAGAUUCAGUUCCUGAGGGACUACAGCAGCGUCGUCAGCUCCAUCGAGAACACGCAGGACCACAAGUCUGACCUCAAGAUAUCCGCGGUUGGCUUCCUCGAGAAGCUGUCGGAGAGAGGCAGAUCCGAGAUCGCUCUUGGGUACGAUGGGUCUACUGGUUUGCUUACCAGUCGAUCAGGGGGUGGCGAAACGUACAUAUACAACUAUGACAGUUUGGGACGCGUGACUGACGUGAUUCUGCCCACUGGAGAGAAGCUGAAACUGUCUUCGGACUUAUCCGACGACGAGGGGUUGUCGGUGAAGGUGUGGGCUCCUCUUCAGGCUUUAUCCAAGGGCGACAAGCAGAGGAGCGUUGAAUUCUUAAUGAGGAACGAAAAAUCCAAGAUACUAACGAUUACAGAUGCCACGAAAGUCAAGCAAGCGAUAUCCUUCACGAACAGUAGCUUGGAAGUCCUCCUCCCUGGCGGUGGAAGAGUCCUAAGCGCCGCUACUACAAAGCAUCCACUGCUGGAAGCCGCGUUGCCAGUGGAAGCUGAAAUGUUACCCAUGUGGAGCUUCCAAUUGAUGACAUUAGGAGAGUUGACGAACACCAUGACCACCACGUACAGCCUGGUAGGCGACGUCAGCCACUUGCAGCAGACCCUCAACAGGGAGAUCUGGGUGAACGACACACGGGUGAUCGGCGUGGAAUUUGAACAAGCGUUGAGUCGCGAGACAUUUUACGACAAGACGAGGAAUCCAUUGUUAACUGUCAUCUUUGAUCCUGCUGGAUUGCCACUGAUCUGGCAGCCCCAUGAACAAGGUUACAACCUGAGCAUAACGUACGACAGGUUCAAUCGCAUAGACAGCUGGAAAUGGGGUAGCUCUGACGAAACCUACGGCUACGAUCACCACGGACAGCUGUCAGAAGUGACGAACAGCCAGGAUGGUACCAAACAGUACACCUACAACGACUUCAACAUGCUCUCCAAGAUCACCCUGGCCAGCAAGAGGAAAUUCGAGCUCCAGUACGACGACGACGGCGGUCUGCGACACAUCAUCCUCCCAUCGGGAACCAAGCACUCGUUCUCGUGUCAGGCCUCGCUGGGCUUCCUCAGGGUCACCUAUACCCCGCCAGGCAGCAUCAGGGCGUACUUGCAGCACUACAGCCACGAUGGAAACCUCCUGCAGACCGUAUUUCCUGGAGACGGAGCUCGCAUCGUGUACAGGUACCACACUUCGGGACAACUGGCUGAAGUUGUACACGGAGAUGGAAAGAGCGAGAUCAGGUACAGCGAGAGUGGCCUUCCUUCCGAAGUGAUACACUCGGAGAGGGACGUCGAGUACAAGUGGGACUAUCAGUACAGUGCCGGGUUAUUAGUAGAGGAACGAAUUGACUUUGGUGCCAAGACUGGGCUCAGCAACGCAAAGUUCACCUUCGAUUACGACUCGAACUUCAGGCUGAUCAACGUCCAAGGUAGAAUAGGAGGACAAACUCUGCCUGCGCAUACCAUGGCUUACAGCCCUAGGACAGGCAUGCUCGAGCAAAUCGGCCAGUUCAAGGUGACCAGACCCCAGUCCAACGAAACCACCGUGUUCGAUGGCACAGCGCUCUUCUCUCGGAUGACUGACGACAGAUUCUUGGAGACCCAAGUGACGUUGACGUUCCACCAACUGGAGGUCUUCAGAAUGGAGUUUACCCACGAUUCCAGGGGUCGCAUCAACCAGACCAGGACCUACACGCGUAACGUCGCCGUCAACACGUACACCAACGUGAAGAAUUACACCUGGGACUGCGACGGUCAAUUGACCGGCGUCGAGGCGCAGGAACCGUGGGGAUUCAAGUACGACGCCAAUGGGAACAUGCUGUCGCUUACGUACAGAGGCAACACGAUACCCAUGGAGUACAACAACAUGGACAGGAUCGUCAAGUUCGGCGAAGGUCUUUACAAAUACGAUAACAGAGGCUUGGUGGUGCAGAACGCUAGAGAGGAACGAUUCAACUACAACGCUAAAGGACUCCUCGUCCGUGCCACCAAACGCGGACGAUUCGACGUUCGCUAUUAUUACGAUCACCUUAAUCGACUCGCCACCAGAAAGGACAACUAUGGAAAUGUCACGCAAUUCUUCUACAACAAUCAGAAACGUCCCCACGAAGUCAGCCAGAUAUACAGUCCACGAGACGGUAAAUUGAUGUCGCUGGUGUACGACGACAGGGGACACCUCAUCCACGCACAAGUUUAUAGACACAAAUACUAUAUCGCCACCGAUCAGUGUGGCACUCCCAUCAUGAUCUUCAGCCAGUACGGCGAAGGAAUCAGGGAAAUCAUGCGAUCACCCUAUGGACAUAUCGUUUACGACUCGAAUCCGUACUUGUAUCUGCCUGUCGACUUUUGCGGAGGACUUCUCGAUCAGGUGACUUCGUUGGUGCACAUGCCAAAUGGGAAAGUGUACGAUCCAUUGAUCGGCCAGUGGAUGUCUCCUCUGUGGGAGAACGUCCUGGACAGGGUAGACACCCCCACGCAUCUGCAUCUGUAUAGAUUCAACGGAAAUGAUCCUAUCGACGUCAGGCACACGGACAAAGCGAAUCAACCAACAGACCACAUAUCAUGGAUGUCGCAUCUGGGGUACGACCUGAAGAGCCUCGCGCCCCAACUGUUCCCGGAGGAGUUACCAGACACCCUGAUUCCGCCAGCUCUGGGUCCAGGCACCUCCAUCUUCGGUAAAAAGAAGAAGACCAGGAACCUGAGCGUUCGAUCAGGCUUCCUCGCUUAUAUCGCGCAAAGGCACUCGGGCGACGCCAUCAGCCUAUCCGCUCCGCCACGCUCGGCGCUGAAGAAGGACACCAGCGACCUGAUACCCAGUCGACUCGGUGCUGCGUCCGAUCCUCCGUUCGGAAAAGGGAUCCUGGUGUCCAGGACAGCCGAGGGUCAGGCUGUCGUGUCCAGCGUGCCAACCGCGAACGCCAUUUACGGCGACGUGUUCACGUCGGUGUUCAACCGUUCCUACUUCCUUCCGUUCACCUUCGUGGUGCACAGCGCCCAGCAAGACGCUUUCUACUUCGUCAAGGAGGAGACCUGGCGAGCCAGCGAAGACCGCGGACAGUUGAAGCGUCUCGGUAGCCAGGUGAACACCACGUUCCACGAGAACGAGAACGGAAGCGGCAGCAGCUCGCUGAUAGACGUGAAAAUUCACGGCGCCAGUUACGUGGUGAACCUACGAUACGGCACCACCGCCGAGAAAGAGAAACAAAGACUGCUUCACCACGCCAAGGCCACCGCCAUACGCAAGGCCUGGCACAGGGAACGCGAGGCACUCAAGGCCAACACCCCCACGACGGUCGAGUGGAUGGUGGCCGAGCAGGACGAGAUCCUCAAGUCCGGCCUCGCUUCUAAUUACGAGGGCGAGUACAUCCACGACGCGCAGCUCUAUCCAGAACUCGCCGAGGACCCGUACAACAUCCGUUUCGUGAAGAAGGCCGUCGACCCAUCCAGCAAAAAACGUCGCAGAAGGAGAGGCGCGCCCACCUGCAAACUCUGGUGGCUCGACAAGAUAUGCUAGAUCCGUCUAGUCAGAGUUCUCCUCCCCUGAGUCGGGGGAACUGUCCAAAAUCGAAGCAACAGGAAUUUUCGAACGUGGCGCGGGAGGGAGUCCGGAUGGAUGAGAGAAGAUACGAGUAUCGUGCCGCAGCGUCCGACGUGUUGCGCGCGCGAAACGUACUGAACACUAUCAAAAAAAGUUUUAUACCAAAGUCUAUUUGUGUAUUUCAAAGAUGCCAAAAACAUUAAGGUUAAUAUGAUUAUAUUGUACCGUGAUAGGGUGUAGUGUGUAAGGGUUUGAAACACGUGCGCCGUGGUCUACGAGGUGUUCGCCUGUUCGCUGUACGGCGUUCACGAGAGGACACGAAAACAUUCCGGGGAUACCUGUCUCUCAUUCGAAUAGAAAUUGGGGGACGUGUUAAGGAGGAUCAGAAAACCCGAGGUUCCUCGCGUCGCGGGUACGGUGAAUCUUGAUGAACGGGGAGUCGGAACCCUUGGUCCGCGACCUGUGAGACUCCUGAAACGAAAUUCGAGUCUGCGUGAAACGUGAGAUAUGAAAGAGUCAGGAACGCGUCGUAUGGAAAUGCGCAAAAUGAAGAACGCUUCCGUUGAACGCGAUGGAAGUGGUCUGAGAUGAAAGCUGACCCCCUAGAGCAGGCCAUUCGUCGUUGAGGCGAAUCGAGUGAGAGAAACUAGUCAAUAUAUAGCUUUACAUUGACGUAGAAACUUUUUCCAGUAGGAUAAGUACGUCGAGGAGGAUGACAGCCGCGAUCGUCGAUGUACAAUGCGAGCGUGCUCGCCUGUCCAUUUGAAGAGGACACGUCAGGUACGGGCGGAAGCGCGUAUCUCAACAAUGAAUGGCCCUGUGAAAGCAGAAGAGGACCUGGAAGGACCAGCAUCCAAGAUAAAAGAUAUAUCGACGCGUGCUUCGAAUUGAUACAUCCCAAACUUAGGCGAAAAGAUGUCAAGGUGUACUAUAAAGUGGUGCUUUCUCGUGCGACAGUAAAACGAGGGUGAAUAGUUAGAGGACAUCGGAACAUACUAAAUAGCGUUGCUAAGGUAUUUUUAACUGAUGGAUGUGCCCUAUCCCCGCUCCCCCUUUAGCGUCCGUCACUUUCGUGAGGAUUUCUAUGUCGCGUACGAAUUGUUCCAAAAUGGAAGCUUCUUCGUCGUUGGUCCGAGGGGCUAUCGGUAGACGGAAGUGAACCCCCCCCCCCCUCGACGACAGUGACGGGGCAGCAGAAUGAAGCGAUGUCUGUCUGUUUAUGUAAUAAAAGCCACGCGAACCACGUGGACAAACUCAUUAUCGGUAAUAAUACGUAUACACAAUAUGCAUAUUCGUGCUUGCUGGAUAUGAAUAACGAACGUUAACUAUCGUUUCUUCACCGAGUAACUAAGUGUGUAUAUCUAAAUUAACGCUGAUCAGUACCGAUCGUUUCGCUGUAUACUGAACGCCAUAUACGUCUCUACGUGCAUAAGAUAUUAUUUAGCACCUAUCCCCACCCAAUCUCCAGUGAACCCUUUCGGUCCGUUGCAUCGCGUUCAACGUCUACGAAGAUUAGAACGAAUAGCUUUAACUCUUUAAGGGUCCAGAUUGUCCGAGUUUCGGACAUCUUUAGAACCGGCAAGGAUCAAGGUUUCGAAUGUCGGCACCGAGAGGGUUUUAAUACAUACUCAGAGACCACGAAAGGGUUUUAAUCAAAGUGAUUAUAUAGAUAGAGUAGAAGAGAAGGCUUCGUGGAGAUGCAAGAUGCGAAGAAAGGAAGAAGAAAUCGAGCAUGUUUGUUUCUAUGGUAAAAUUUAUCAGAAUUUGAAAACUUGGUGGGAGAAAUCAGGAAUUAAGGGGCAUCUGACACCAGAGAUUUCUGGAGUGACAUUUCCCCUCAAUUCCCUUCCACAAAAGUUUCUUGAAAUUGUUAGAGAAGGACAGACGUGCACUCGAUCUUUCUUCUCUUACUAUUCUUGUUUUACUCCUACUUUCUCGAGUGUCUUCCCUACUCUACCUAUAUAAUUUCUAUGGUUCCAACCUUUCCUAUCUUCCGCGUACACUGCCCUUUCCCGAACACUCACUGCCCCCCCUCCACUGCCACUCUUCCCCCUCGUUUCCUUUCUUUCGGUAUUCCCCUCGAUUGCCCCGACGCAUUACUUUCCCGCGUUUCCACGAACGUUCAUGUAACUCGCAGUAAUCGAACGAUUAGAUAGUCGGCACCACAACGACACUCGAUGUCUGGAUAGAUGAGAAAACUACAAAACGUAAAAAAAGAUAACCUAUAACGCUGAGUGUAUAAACGAACAGGAAAAAAAUGAAGUAUAUAAAUAUAUAUAUAUAUAGAAGGAGAGAGAUGGAAGGAGAGAAAAAAAGAGAGUUAUAUAGGAAAGCUUGGUAAUGUAUUUUUGACUCGAACAUCGAGUGUUUAGAGCUACGGUAACACCAAAUUCUCCAAAACUCAGCGGUCCAAGAGAGCACUCGUCGGUCAACGUGUUCGAAGACGGUCUUUCUUUGUUUCUUUUUAUCAAAUAUAUUAGAUAUAUUGCGUAGACUCGUCGCGCGUUCCACGAAAACGUGUUCGUUCCUUCGUAAAUUUCUCCCACUAACAAAAAUUAACGCUGCCAACACAAAUUUUCAGCGAAGGAACGGCGAACGGACCUCGAAAUUGCUGAUCGAGCCACGGGCUUCAAUUCGUGGACCCCUUAACCAGUGGUUCUUAACCUUUUUAAUGAAGAUUCUUAGUCUUGUUCGGCUAACGGACGACUUAGGAAUAAAAAAAAAAUGUGGCAAGGUUCCUUAUCUCAACGAUUAUAGUAAUUCAAUUUAUUCUUUCAUCGAUUCAAUUUCUUCCACGAUAACUGCAUUUUGUACGAUAAUAAAUUCAAUUUAUUCAAUAAUCAAUUCUAUUUUCGUCGUAAAAUCAAUCUAUCCGUAUUUCAAGCUAUAUCGUUUCCUUCGGCAAAUUCCAAUAACAGAUCGAGAACUACAAAAGAAUUCACAGUGGUUAAGAAUCGCUGCUCUAAACACUCACACUGACCCCUCCUCCAACUCCACCCAGAGCCCUUCUGCUCCAAGCCCUCCCUGUUUAUUCGUAUAUCUGCAACCGUACAUAAUUACCAUUGAAUCGGCAAUGGCGUUCGAAGAAUCGACUAUUUUUCAAAGCGAGAAGUAAAAAGUAUCGAGUGUCAAAUUAUUGAAAAUUGCGAGAGAGUGAGAGAUAAACCGAGAGAGAGCGAGAGAGAGAGAGAGAGAGAGAGAGAGAGAGAGAGAGAGAGAGAGAGAAAGGGGGUGGGUUAAACGUACGAUGGAUUCCCAAACGUGCAGGGUCGCAAGAACGGUUCUUCAGCUCGUUCUUCGCAGUUUCGAUAGUGCCAGAGAGAAAGUGAACGGUCGAAUAAGAAGAAGCAAACGACGCAUUCGCUCUCUUCACUUCCGUGAAGUUUCGUCUUUGUUUCGCGGGGAAAAAAAAUAAACAAGGGGGAAAAAGAAAAUGAAACUUUCUACGCGUUUUCUCUGGAGGGUUGAACACGUUUAAUAUAAAUACGAAUAUAAAUAUGAAUAUAAAUAAAUAUAUAUAUAUAUAUAUAUAUACGUAUAAAUACAUAAAUAUAAAUAAUUCUGGAAUUAACGGGGUAGAACUUGCUCGACGGAGCAGAUCGAACGAUUAUUAUUACUAUUGAUUAUUACGAUUGUAUUAAUUAAUAACUAUACGCGGAUCGUGAAAUGCGAAAAUGAGGAAAAUUAACCGAGAUCCAUGGCCGGAAGCUAGCUGAAUCCGUCGGACCACGUGGGUGUAUGAUGAUCGAUUCUCGCGAAGCGAACCUUGUCGAGAUCAGGAACGGCACACGAGAGAGAGAGAGAGAGAGAGAGAGAGAGAGAGAGAGAGAGAGAGAGAGAGAGAUUAAAAAGAAAAAAAAAUAA